AUGGAUCUUCAGAAGCUGGACAUGGAAUUGGCGAUCAAGCCAUGGACAGCACUGCCCCAAGAGGCGUAUGUCCUGACCGGAGUGAAUCUGAUAGAUCCUCUGCAGGGCCAGGUGAUCAAGAACGCAACAAUCCGAAUUGAGGGAGGACUUGUCACCGAAGUUUCAGAGCAAGAACACACUCGACCGACGACGAAUGAUGGGACCACGGUGAUCGACGCUAGGGACAAAUACAUCUUGCCGGGCCUCAUCGAUUGCCACGUCCACAUAAUGGCGGUGGCUGGGAACGCCGGAAUGAAUGAGACAUUCCACAUGGACCACAGCACCUCCCUGCUCCGACAGCCAAAUCUAUGUCAGGGAAUGUUGGAUCGGGGCUUCACCAGCGUCCGGGACUGCGCUGGAGCCACGCCAGCUAUGAGACAGGCGAUCGAGGACGGCGUGCACCCGGGCCCAAGACUCUUCAUUUCUGGCAAGGGAUUGUCCCAAACGGGAGGUCACGGAGACUUGCGCAAGGCACAUGAUUCGAGGGGGAUCUGCUGCGCCUGUGGCGCCGGAGGUCACGACAUGACCCGGGUCGUGGACGGCGUUCCAGACUGCCUCAAAUAUGCUCGUGAAGAGCUUCGGCGCGGGGCCGAUUUUAUCAAAAUCAUGAGCGGCGGAGGAGUCGCCAGCCCGACGGAUCGCAUUGACCAGGUCCAGUUCUCCGACGAAGAGAUCAAGGCCAUUGUCACCGUUGCCACCAAUGCCCGCACAUAUGUCACCUCCCACGCCUACACGCCUCAGGCCAUUCAACAGGCCAUCUCUCACGGGGUUCGCGGAAUCGAGCACGGGAAUCUCCUAGAUGAGGAAACCGCGCGUCUCAUGGCCGGUAAGGGUGUUUUCCUGACUCCCACGCUCGUGGUGUAUGCCACCAUGGCAAGGCCAGAGUUCUCAGGCUUCCUCCCUCCCUUUUCAGCUCAAAAAAAUCGCGAAGUGCUCGAGUCUGGCUUGCGAGCGUUGAAAAUCGCGACGGAUGCUGGGGUAACGAUCUGCUUCGGCACCGAUCUCCUGGGUCCAAUGCAUCCUGCUCAGACAAACGAGUUCGUGAUCCGCAGCCAGGUGCAAACACCGUUACAGAUCAUCCAGAGUGCCACGGUCAAUGCGGCAAGACUCAUCCAGAGAGAAGAGACUCUCGGCCGCAUUGCUCCCGGCUUCUUGGCCGAUUUUUUGAUCUUGAAUGCUAAUCCACUCGAGGAUAUUGCGGUCCUCGAUCGGCCUGACCAGCACCUGUUGGCGACCAUCAAGGACGGGAGGGUGGUGUCGUCGAGGUGGUCCCGCCUUGAGGUUAGACAGCGGAGAUUGAGUAAUAUUGCAUAA